AUGGAGAAGGAUGCGAUAGUCUCGGGCAGCAACUCCCUGAUGUUGACGGACAAGACAGCAUGGUCAGCUUUCUACGCCACCGUGAGAAAGAAAGCUAUAUCCCUGGACGUUUGGGAUAUCCUAGACCCUGCAAUCGAUGACGAUACAGCGGAAGCCUCCAUCCUGACCAAGCCAAAGCCUCCUAAGGACUACGAAUGGGAGGAUAUUGUUGCUAUGAAGCUAGCAGACAAUGAGGUCACAGACGUGCAAAAGAGACUUUGGGAUGGAAUGACCCCUAGUCAAAUAUGGAACGUCAUGAAGGAUAAGGAACACCGCUAUGAAGCUAAAAACAAGAUGUAUAACGAGCAACGUAAGGCACUAGGUGCUAUAACGACGCUGAUGGAGACCAGCGUGACCAAGUACUACCGCUAUCUGGUCAACGACGUCAAGGAUCGUGAGAUGCUACAAAAGCUUCAAUCCCGGUUUUCGCCUAAAAAGGACCCUCAAUUUGCCUUCGAACUACGUGAUAAAUGGGUUACACACACCAAAUUGUUGCAAAUAGGUGUCGAUAUUGAGGCCUGGGUCACAAAGACCGAGGGUCUCUACAAGCAAUUGGAAGAGAAUGGGCAGCAUACCCUUUGA